CAUCCAUAAAGGGAAUAAACCUCGUAAUGAAAUUUACAAUAGUACUGCUGCUGGCCGUGUUCUCUGUGGCCCUGGCCAUCGAGCUGACCGAGGAGCAGAAGACAAUGAUUCGCGUAAAUGUCGAUCAAUGUAUUCAGGAGCAGGGCAUCACCAAGGAUCAAGCGAUUGCGUUGCACAACGACAGCUUGGAGAAUGUCGAUGACCAGGUCAAGUGCUUUGCCAACUGUUACUUGGAGAAGUUCAGCUUCAUAGCCGAUGGCCAGAUGAAUAAGGAUGAGGUGCUGAAGAUUACAACGCCCCUUGCAGGCGCUGAUAAAGCGAAUGCCUUUGUAACCAGCUGUGAAGGCAUCAAAGGUGCCGAUAAAUGCGAUACAGGAUUUCAAAUAUACCAAUGCUUCAAAAAGAAUCGCCUUACACUCAUGUAACUGUUAAGGUGAUCCUUACAUAUCUUCAAUAAAGCUCUGAGUACAUUAAAAAACAAGCGAUUACUUUA